CAUUGAGAUAUCCACCCUCACGUACAGAUAUCAGAUAUUCAAGAUGAUGAUCCUAUUUCUGCUCUUCGGCCUUGCAGCUGCAGCCCCUGCUGAAUUCGACGACGAAUUCAAGCGCCUAGCUUUGCAAAAUCCCGAUUUAUACGAUGGAGACAUGACCGGCAUUGAUGGACCCUUUGACGCCGAGAGAAAUGUUAUUCCCGGAGAGAACUACAGAUGGCCUGGUGGUAAAGUUCCAUAUGUUAUUGAUCAAUCUCUGAUUGGUUACUCACCAUUCAUCUUGGAUGCUUUCAAGAACUACCAUACCUACACAUGCGUGAAAUUUGUUCCAAGGACUACCGAAAAAGAUUACAUCAGGAUUUUCUUAGGCCAAGGAUGCUACUCCAACGUUGGAAGGACAGGUGGUCAGCAGAUGGUAUCUCUUGGCAAUGGAUGUCUGUACGUGGGCACAGCCAUCCAUGAACUUGGUCACGCUUUAGGAUUCUACCACGAACAGAACAGAUCAGACAGAGAUGACCAUCUAAUCAUCUACAUUGAAAACGUCCAAAAAGGUAUGGAAUUCAACUUCGCCAAAUUGGCUCCAACACAGAACCUCUUGUUAACACCUUUCGAUUACGACUCCAUUAUGAUCUAUGGCAACGACGCCUUCUCCAAGGAUGGUUCUAACACAAUGGUCGCCAAGAACGGUCAGAAGUUGUAUAAUCCUUAUGAUAAGCAAAGUCUGACUAAGUCAGAUGCUGAGAGAGUGAAGAAAAUGUACAACUGCUAAAACUUCUGUACUGUCCUUUUUAAUGUAUAUCAGGUUUCAGUUUUAAUAAAUGAAGAUGAAUGAGGUAACAA